ACUGAUCCUUGGGGGACACCGCAAGUCACAGAGUGUGUUCUUGAUUUAGCCGCUCCCAAGGUGACGUGCUCAGUCCUCUCGGUGAGAUAGGAGGUGAACCAGUUUAAGGCAGUCAGAGAGUCCAAUUGUAGUGUGAAGAUGGUGGAGUAGGAUGUCAUGGUCGACGGUAUCAAAUGCUGCAGUUAGAUCCAGGAGGAUGAGGAGAGAUGGAGAUCCGGUGUCAGCUGUCAUCAGCAGGUCAUUGGUCACCCUGACUAAGGCAGUUUCUGUACUGUGGCUCUGGCGGAAACCAGACUGGAAUUUUUCAAAGAGUUUAUUCAGUGUUAGAUGUUCCUGGAUCUGAAUGGCAACUACUUUCUCCAGUACCUUGGAUAGGAAUGGCAGGCUGGAGAUGGGUCUGUAAUUGGCUAGGACUUCAGGGUCUAAAGUGGGUUUUUUGAGGAGUGGUUUGAUGACAGCAGCUUUUACUGGUGGUGGAACAUGACCAGACUGGAUGGACUGGUUUAUCACUGAAGUGAUCAGCGGACUUAUGGCACCAAUGUUCGAUUUCACGAAAGCUGUGGGAAAGGGGUCCAGGGCACAGGUGGAGGGUUUCAUCUUUUUGAUGAUGGCCUCAACUUCAUGCUGCGAGAUGUUAGUGAAGCAGCAAAUAAGCUGGGUCGGUCCAGGCUGGGGGUUGACGGUCAGGACUAGCAGAGCAGCGGAGUUUGAGAGGAGAGAGUCUCUACUUUUUUCUUGAAAAAUGUGAUGAAAUUAUCACUGCUCCUCUGUGGUGUCUUUGUGUCGCGGAGUCUGAGGUUUGAAGAGAUGGUUUAUGUUGGACAAAAGUAGCUUGGAGUUGCCAGGGCUAUUGUUGAUGAUGGUGGAGUAGAAUGUUGACCGUGUGUCUCUGAGGGACUUUGCGUAGGCAUUUUGGUGGUCCCGGUAUGCCUGUCUGUGAACAGAGAGGCCUGAAGCCUUGAAGUGCCGCUCGAGGACUCGCCCCGCUGUCUUCAUUUUCCUCAGCUCCCAGGUGUACCAGGGCCGGCUGAGCAUGAGAAAGUGACUGUUCUGGUUUUGACAGGGGCGUGGAGAUCCAGGAGACAUGCUCAGAGAUGUAUUGUAAAAAUCCACAGAUUCAUUUACUGAUGUAAGAGUUAUUGUGGAGAGAUGCUGGAGAUCCGAGGUCAUGGUGUCCGGGUUGAUGUUUUUCAGAUUUCUGAAACGGAUUUGACGCUUGGGUUUGGUGUGGGGUAGCAGCAGUGGCAGCUUCAUUGAGAUGGCCUUGUGAUCCGACACACCUAGAUCGUAAACUGAUAGUUUACUAAUGGGGGCAGAGUUUGUGAUUACAAGGUCCAGUGUGUGUCCCCUAGUGUGUGUGGGGACAUCAACAUGUUGUGUUAGGUUGAGGCAGUCCAGAAGGUGUAGGAACUCGGCUGCAUAGUGACAGGAGGGGGUGUCAAGGUGAAUAUUGAUGUCUCCUAGUAUUAUAAUGUUGGCAGAGGUAGCGCAGAGUGUACUGAGAAGAUCGUGGAUCUCUGGGAUGAGGGCAGAGUUGGGUUUGGGUGGCCGGCGGUAGAUGAGAAGUAUUGUCAGUGAGAGGGUUUUUUUUUUACAGCAGCUGCAGCGGGAGUUGGCCCCGCUGGAUACCAACGGACUCUGGAGCAAAUAAGCAACAAGCUAAAAAAACUCAAGAAAGACUACCGGGAUCGUUGUUGUUGUUGUCGAUAUGAGGGAUUUUCGCGCCGUGUGGGUGUAAUAAGAAGGCACAUAAAUGUUUACGUGAUGACGCAAACGAUGACGCAAUGACGCAGCUCCACUCGAGCUCCACUCGGGCUCUGAGCGGUGGAAACACAAGUGGUGCUACAGAGAAGAACCGGUUCAGCACCAGAAAAUCAAAAGAACGAUUCUUGAACCGGAUCCGGUUUGGUGGAAAAGGGGCAAUACAAAAUGUCACUCAAAGAGACAAAUACCAAGCAGAAAGACAAAAAAAGCAUAAACAUAAAAAAAACAUAAAACAACUUAAAAGAUAAAGAUAAAACAGCAGCGGAUAGACAUAAGAGACUUACAAUGAUAAGUAAGGACAGAAAGAGUCACAAAACAGCAACAAAAAGAGGCUUUAAAAUCUUAUGUCUGUGUCCAGUGUGUCCAAUGUCUCACACGCCACUCAUGGAUUUUUUGGUACAAAAGUUUUGUGACAAAAAACUGGCUCAUGACGAUAAUUGUUUUGCAGUUAUUUUAACAAUAAAACUGUGAAAAAGAGAAAUAAAUCAGAUAAUUGUGGAAGACCUUCAAGCCACUUUAUGAUAUCAGGCUGACACCUGCCUCCUCUGUGUGUAAGCAUGUCCCCCCCGGCACUGAAUCAAACCAGGACCAAGCAGGGCUGGAACACUGAGUCACAGAAAGCUGUUUACUAUAUCUGUCAGUCAAUAGAGUGCUAAAAUAGUUCAAUGUUAACAUGUACAUUCAGAUACUCUAUGUUUUUCAAUAGAUACAAUAGAUAAAUAGCAAACUUUGCAAUGAAAUUACGAUGAUAAUGACCGAGGACAAACAAAAACGAGGAUCAGUCCAAAUGAGGACGGGACACUGGUAUCCCCCCUCAAAAAUGUAAAUGAUUGGCCCAUUUUGACAGGCUGUGUCCCGCUCUUUGCUGUCUGAGGCUUAUAGGACCAGGUUAACCCAUGCUACCACCAAAGACCAUUUUUUUAUUUACCAUACACUGACUACUGACAUUUGAAAUUGAAAUAAUCCCUUCUUGUAUGUGGUGUUAUGAAUUAGUUGUUGCAUGAUAUAUAAAGUAGCUGCUGGGGCUACGUCAUGUGUCCUCUCUGCUGGGAGGAAUGGUAUGUGCCUGUAACAGCAGCUGCGGCCCCCAUGCUUGUUGUUUGGAAUCUGACUUUAGCACAGCCUCACUCUCGGUUCUAAAAAUAACCGAUAGACAGGCAGCGUCCCAAUGACUUGGCUAAUGUUUUUCGCCAUGCUGCCCACUCCAUGUUGAUCCGACCUGCCGCUUAGCUACAAACAGCUUUUAUUUACUGGAAAAGGAUGAGCCAUUAUUUCCAUUCUCUACUCCUGUGGUAAGCUCAGUCUUAUAUCGUCCCUGCUUUAAGCUGAUUUGACCCACAUUUUGAACCGCAGUUAACCAUGGUGCGCAAUGUGGAUGACCUGGACUUCUGCCUGCCCUCCCAUCCACAGAACAUUCUGGAGGGCUUGCGCUCCUUCUGCUCUGACCCCAAACUGGUGGAUGUAACACUGAGCGCAGGAGGUCGGGACUUCCCCUGUCACCGUGGCGUGUUGGCGCUCUGCAGCACGUACUUCCACAGCAUGUUCUCAGGGGACUUUGUGGAGAGCAUAGCUGCGCGUGUCGAGCUUCAUGAUGUCGAUCCUGAUAUACUCAGCUGCUUGCUGGACUUUGCAUACACAGGCAAACUGACCAUCAACCAGAGCAAUGUGGAGGGGCUGAUCUGCAACUCCAGCCAACUCCAGUUCCAGACGGUGAGAGGCGUGUGCAGCCGGUACCUUCAGCAUCAGAUUGAUGCCACCAACUGUCUGGGAAUCCUGGAGUUUGGAGAUAUCCAUGGCUGCCCCGAGGUGAUGGCCAAAGCGUGGGCCUUCCUCUUGGAGAACUUUGAAGCUGUGCAACAAUGUGAGGAGUAUCUCCUGUUGGCGAAGGAGAGGUUGGUUGCCUGCCUGUCCGACGAAGGACUACAAAUCCGGACAGAGUGCACCCGUGUGGAGGCCAUUCUGAAAUGGGCCAGGCACCACAAGGAGUCCCGGCUCUCCGACCUCCCUGAACUCCUCACUCUGUCCCGUCUCCCGCUGCUCAGCCUGGACUACCUGACAGACACCCUGCUGAAGGACAGUCUGGUGCAGGGCUCCCCCAGCUGCAGAGAGGCUGUGGAAAAAGUCCAAAGAGAGAAAAUGGAUUUGUCACCAGAACACACAGACAGUCUCAGUUCUAAGAGUCCACAACCAAACCUGCAAGAGGUGCUGCUGGUGAUGGGAGGUCGUUCUCUGGAUGACUCGGAUGAUGAGGAGGACUCAGAUGAUGAGGACAGAGACCCGAGACUACAAAGAUUACUCCCCAGGAAUUUUGCUUUCUACAACACAAAGACAAAACAGUGGCAUGAGCUCCCUCAUUUUCCUAAUCCUAACAAGUGGGGUUACGCCAUGGUCUCCUUAAACAAUGAUGUGUACGUCACAGGGGGCUCGCGUGGUUCGAAUACCAACACCUGGUCGACCACAGAGACCUGGAAAUUCAUCACAAAAGAGGGGAAGUGGGUUACUGUGGCUCCCAUGCUCCGGCCUCGGACUAACCACACUUCUGCAACACUCAACGGGGAGAUUUACGUCAUUGGAGGUACAACUUCAAAUAGGGUUGAGGUUGAGCAUUACGACCCUUACAACGACACCUGGGCAUUGACCUGCCCCGCCCUGAAAUAUGUGACUAACUUCACUGCCACGGCGUGUCAUGGGAAGCUCUACGUGAUUGGCUCCUGUGCUAUGAAAUAUAACGCUUUGGCCAUGCAGUGUUACAACCCUGUUAUAGAUAGCUGGACCACCAUAUGUUCGCCCUUCAUCCCUAAGUAUUUGUCCUCUCCUCGUUCUGUCUGUAUGGAUGGAACUAUUUAUCUGGUUGCUGACAACACUAAGAAAGUCUACUCUUAUGAUCCAGAGGCGAACAUGUGGCAGAAGAUCCAGCUUCUCCACAUGCUCCAUGAGAAUGGUGGCCUGGUGACGCUGGAUGGGAGGCUUUUUGUCACUGGAGGCCAUUGGAAAGGGAUGGAGGGGGACUAUGGGGUGGAAGUUGAGGUUUACAACCGAACAACCGACACCUGGGAGGUGGAGAGCUACCUGCCGAGACUUUGGUUCUACAGUGGAGUCUGCACCACCUUCCUUGAUCCGUCCCAGUGGACUGAGCUUUUCAGCAUAGACUCAACAUAAUGGCCUCCUUUCCUGAUGGGACAAAAACCCCAGGUUGAGGAGUUCACGGAGACACAGACCUGUUCAUAUCUAUAUGACGAUGCAAAUGGAAUGUUUAUCCCAGGAUAUCAUUGUGCCUGAGAAUAGGUGCUACAUGAUCCUCAGAUAUUCUGGGUUGUUUUUAUGGCCUUGCUUGGCUGCUCAGCAGGUGUUUAUUUAUACUUUGUAGGCAUAUCAUGUGUUUGAGUUGUUGAAUGGUGUUCUUCAGCCACAACAUCUUUGCAGAGUGAGUAUUAUUAUUAUUUGUUGUAGAUCAUGGGUUUGCAACUAAUUAUCAAUAAAAUGUGUUGCAUAAAACUGUCCGACAA